UCCUCCUCCUCUCCUUUUGCGCACCAGGCUCUCCCACCCUCGGCUCUUCUAUGCGCUCACUGUGCUCUCACACUCGGCGCGGCUCGUGUCUCUGCCUACUCCUGUGCGUAAGAGCGCACCGAUGGAUAUGUAAAGUGAUGCGCUCCUGAAAAACACCAAAUCUGAGCCUGCAUCAAUGCCUUCCUGGGAAGACGCUGCAGAGCGCGCGCGUUCGAGAGCGGUGUGUUAGAUUAAGUCAAGUUCAUACCACGGCGAUUGCUUUUAUUCUGCGCGGUUGGGUUGUUGUUUUCGGAAUGACAUGUUAAUCAAGAUGUUCAUCGGCACGGAUGACGGUGCGUUGCUAUUUGGAUGUGUGUUUCUGGACUUUUCACCAUAUCAUGACCACGCGCCCUUUUUCCUCUCUCCAAGUCUUUUCGUUUCUGCGUGAAGUUGAACGGAGGAGAAAGCACGAUGAGAGGGAAAUACUUUCUCCUCGGCUUCUUGUUGCUCAAACUUAUGGCUCUUGUGUGCAAGGCUGACGGGGAGCCGGGACUGCUCGGAGGAUUCGUAAUGAUCGCCACCUCCAACGGCUCGAGGGAGGAGGAGAGCGUGUCCGAGGAGACCCCGCACACGGAGGACAAAUGUCGGGGUUACUACGACGUGAUGGGCCAGUGGGACCCCCCGUUCAUCUGCAAAACGGGCAAUUAUCUGUACUGUUGCGGCACCUGUGGCUUCCGCUUCUGCUGCUCCUUCAAGCACUCGCGGCUGGAUCAAAGCACCUGUAAAAAUUAUGACACCCCGGUGUGGAUGAAGACCGGACAGACUCCCUACAAAAAAAUGAACAAGAUCCACGACAGCACCAAAGACAAGACGAACUUAAUUGUUUACAUCAUAUGUGGAGUAGUGGCCAUUAUGGCUCUUGUGGGGAUUUUCACCAAAUUGGGGCUCGAGAAGGCGCACCGGCCUCAAAGAGAGAACAUGUCCAGUGUGCUGCAGGGCGGCUGUCCAGGUGAGCAGUAUCGAGGGGAGGAGGCCCUAGGGAUGCAUUCGCAGCACUUUGUUUCCAGGGCCACAAACCUCCAGGGCGGUCAGAUGAACAACAGCAUGGGGCCGGGCUCCAACAUGGGCCAGCAGCACCCUUACCCUGCCCUCAGCCAGCUGGCUCAUGUCUACGAACAACAGCAACAGCAUCAGCAGCAGCAGCAGCAUCAGCAGCAGCAUCAGCAACAGCAACAGCAUCAUCAGCAACAGCAGCAGCAACAACAACAACAGCAAAACAAGGAUCUCAACAAGUACGCCUCCCUGAAGGCCGUGGCUGCCAAGUACAACGGUGAAGUCUACAACAAGCGCCGGCUGAUGGUGGAGCUGCCAACGAAGGGCGGGCUGCCUCUCCAGCCCAUGGGCAACUCCCGAUCCUCAAUGGGCAACAUGUCGUCGAUGACUCCUCCGAUGACCACCAACCCCAUGGCUUCCAACCAAAUGGUAUCCAAUUCCAUGAACCCUAACAUGAGCCAGAUGAGUUCCAUGAACCCUAACAUGAGCCAGUUGAGUUCCAUGAACCAUAACAUGAGCCAGAUGAGUUCCAUGAACCCAAUGACGUCUAUGAUGCCCAUGACUUCUAUGACACCCAUGACUUCCCUCAACCAGAUUACCAACAUGACUCCUAUGACCUCCCUAGGUCCACUGACUCCUGAGCCGGUGGCCACCUAUAUCACCGAGAUGCCCAGCAUCUCUUCCGUCUCAACCCUCCCGACAGAACGGCACAUAGCCGGUGUCGGAGGAGGGGGGGCACUCAAGCUGAAUGGCCAGAAACCUAAAGGCAGCCAUGGUCACAUGGGCCACAGCUCUCACAGCUCUCACACCCACAGUCAUGGUCACAGCCACAGUAGCAAGCCGCCAGGCCUUGGGGCCACCUCCCUGGCACACAUGGCAGGGACCAUGCCAGGUCGCACGUCCCUGGGUAUCUCCAGGGCCGCCGAGACCCCCAUUGGCUCCAGCUCGGCUACAAUGGGCCGCCCAAUGGCCUACAGCUCCAACACAAUCGCGGCCGGGCACACGAUGGGACUGGGGCUGAAGGCCUGGGAUGGGACUGAGACGGUGGGCCGGAGGAAGACCUACGGGCACAAGAAGCCUCAGUGUACUGUGCUGGAGCCCAACCAGCUUCACAGCACCAGAGUCCACAGCCACAGCCAACACUUCCUCCCCACACAGCCCUACUUUGUGACCAACAGCAAGACAGAGGUGACUGUGUGAGAGAGGAAGAAAGGGAGAAAAGGAGGGGCAAAGGAUGCAUGUGGUGUGGCGGCACAAGUAAUCUCUGAGUGGAGACACCAACUCCUGGGUUGGUCAACAGUGCAGAUCUAUGUGUGUGUUUGUGUGGCUCGCUGGUAUAAUGUGGUGGGACAGUGACACCGUGUCUGAGUGGUCCUUGUUUCACAAACAGAGUUUACCAAUCAAAUCAUGGAUGGCGUCCAAGUUGGUGGCAUAUGUAACCAUGACUUCAAAGAGCCUACUGACCGGGGAUGCAUUUACGUACACUUGGUGGUGAUAUUAGAGUGUUGUCUCACAGCCAACAUCUACGCGAUGAUGUUGACAAUAUCUGAGCAUUACAGUGCAACAACACACAGAUAAUAAAGUGGGAAACUGUUAUUUUCAAAUGGAAUGGCUUUAUGAACCAAACGUGAGAAGCAAUAUAAUGGAUUAAGUGUAAGGCACUAAAGCAUCAUGGGAAAGAAGAAACACAGCAAGUUUACCCACAAACCUCGCAACAAGAAUUCUGCUCAUCUGCCCAACAAAGCGUUGAAAGGUUUGGAAGAAAUAACAUUCCCUUAUGAUUCACCCCCCAACAAAAUCUCCCGAGGGCUUUGAAACAGACAUGAUGCAGGCGCUGGGCUUUGGACUGAAGACAUGCAGAGCAUUGUACUGUGGCUAUUCAGAAGAGCCUUCAUAAGAUCUGCAGCUGAAGGUCGUCCCUUUUCCGCAAGGCUCCAGCACAGAGAAUGGAUGCUGUCACACUGGCAUUGUUCUGUUCUGAUCUCGUCUGUGUGCUGACAGCUGGCCCAGAGGAGGGAUAAAUAGGCAGGGAGGCAGCAUCUGGAUGAUGCUGGAGCUAGCAGAGGCUCCACGGACACGAUUCUCAUACAUACAUACACACACACACAAAUUCAUGCAAACACAUAUUAUUACACAAACACGCAGAAAAGUAUCCUGUAGAAAUUCCCGCACACCAUGGUUUGACCAAUAUGUUUUGUUUAAAGCACCAAUCAUUUUAGAAUUCAGUUCCAGAAGGCUGAGAUUAUGUUUAAUUUGUACAUAUUUGUUCCUUUUUUUAAUUAGUCAAUUUGCAUUUAAAGAAAAAAAAUCAGUUUAGCGCUCACCCAAAAAUACAAUUUUUAAUCAGUGAAUUUAGACCAUCACAGUGGUUUAAAACUCUCGGAUUAAACCUUUUCUGAGAUAACCUUUUAGAAAUGACAGCUACAGUAUGUCAUCCAUUCAAUGACAGGGUACAGUUUGGGAAACAUUCUUUUGAAUUAGAAAACAAUUAACAACAGUACAAUUGUAAAAUUAAAGGAAUAGUUUUUGGAAAUAUGUGCAUUUGCUUUCUUGCUAAGAGUGAAUUGAGAAGAAGAUUGCCACCACUUAUGUCUGCAUUUUAAAUAUGAAGCCAAAGCCAGUAGUCGGUUAGCUUAGCUUAGCACAAACAAUGGAAACGGGGGGAAACAGCUAGAACGGUUCUAGUAGUAUAGUACAAUAACAAAAUCUGCAUACAAGCAUCUGAGGAAACUCCCUGAUUUAUGAUAUACCUAGCCUUUUUUAAAGCGAGACUUUGUGGUAAAUGUGCUAGACUAUUUCUAUUUUAGACACAGUCACUUAUUCUUAUCAUCAGCGUAACGCAACACUUCCUCUAAAAGAACAACUAAAAUGUGCAUAAUGCAGUUUUAAUGUAGCUAGGUCAGGCUUGGCCUUCAUCACACUGGAAGUGGACAAAAUGACCUAUUAAAUGAAAAUAUGUUCUAUGUAUGUACAAGUUAAAGCAAUCACAGACAGCACAGCAAGUCAAUUGAGCAACUAUAUGCAGAACAUAUUUCGUGGACCAAAUGUAAGCUUUGGCUUUUCAACAUUGUAUUUCUGCACAGAUUUUGCAUAGGAUGUUAUAUUUUUCUAGUUUUAGACAAAACAAGCAACUACUGUUCACAGUGGAUACAACAGGAGUUAAAUCACCACAUUUAUUUUAGCUGGUAAAAGAAGACACUGCCACUAUAACUUGGCUUGAUUAGAUCACUCACUGUACUCAAGCUCUAGCUGGAAAAAAAAAACCCACCACAACCAUCAGAGGGGGCGGGUGGGGGGCGACUAUCUAGGUUACAUUUCUCAUGAAAAUAAAUCUGUGAAAUAAGUCGGCCAAAUCUUCUACGGGCUUCUCCGAGCCUAUUUGUUUGUGUUGUAAUGAUGUGAGAUUUAUUAGCAGCUGCAGCCACAGAUAUCAUGUUGACCUUGUUAUUUUAAGUGCUACUUCCACCUCUAAGACCCUCUUUACAUUUGCGAUAAAGAUGCAUUUUCGAGCAAUCAGACUGUAAUGAGACAAUGCUAAGCCACAUGAAAAUAGAAAUAUAUGUACGCAUAAGAGAGAUGUACAUGACACUGUCGAAAAAAGAAAAAAAAGACACUGUAUUUCUGUGUGACACAUUUUUUAGGGGAAGCUCUAGCAGAGGUACACUCAGUUUAGGCACACUAUGUAUCCAGACUGCAUGUAGAUCUAUUUAAUUCAAUUCAUUCAUUUUUAUUUAUUGUAUCAAGUUACCCCGAGACACUUUACAGAUAGUACUCUGGACCACACUAUAAUUUAUAAAGUCACAACAAUUCUAUUAAUUCCCCCAAGAGCAAGCAUCUAGAGGUACAAGGGGGGGGGGGGGAUGAAAAGAUCCUGCUAAGCCAGUUGAGCGUGUAGAUAAGGGGCUGUGCGGGAGGGGCUGUUUUUUGCCUUCAGUCUGCGGAAGCCCCCGCUGUCUCAAGGGUCAUGAGACUGGAAACCUAAGACCAAACUGAAAGCAGGGAACAGGAUUUUAGAAGUCAUCAGAGCAUUAAAAAUAUGUCACCUAUACACUCACACCUAACAAACACACACACACACACACACACACACACACACACACACAGAAUACAUUACAGGGUGGACUCUGCUUUCCCUCUGCUCCCACAAUGCAGAGCGGCAGGCUUCAUCACUGCAGGGAGACAAAUGAGUCGGUACUGUUACUGCGCCUGUUGUACGUGAAAGACUCUGAAACUCCAGACAUUGGCCCUUUGUAGCGAUAACUGAUAUUAUGCUUUUUAUAUAUAUACAUAUAUAUAUUUAUUAAGCCUUUUCUCUCUUAAUCUCUCUUUUAAUCUUCACUUCUUUUCACCCCCUUUUUUUGUCUUCUUUGCUCCUUCCAUGGUCUCAACAGUCUCAACAAUAUCUGACAACAAAAACGGGGCUGUGAGGAAUCUUUUCUGUGAUAGUGCAGUACAGUCAUGAUGAGACAGUGAAUACUAAUUCAGUCCCCUACCCCACCUCCACCCCCACCCCCCACCUUGAAAGGCAUGAUUGGUGUGCAUUGUUCCAGCAGGACAUAUAAGUGAUUGAUUAUGUGUGCCAAAAAAUGUAAUUCAGUUUGCCAUUUUGUACCACUGUGUAUCCUCUUGAACACUGCGCACAUUUCACUCUUUACGACUUUUUUCUAUGUCUGGCUUUGUAUGUGUGCGUGCGCGUGUGUGUGUGUGUGUGUGUGUGUCCAACUUCAGCAUAUGAAUAUUGUCUCUUAAGCGGUCCAAACUCAAACAAACAAGCCAAACAAUUGGAUCAUAUAUUAAUGGGGUUAACAAUCCCAUAAACCGGUUUGCUUCUGAUGAGAAUUCUUUGCAUAUUGUUUUGCCUCCACCUUGUAUUUGUUUCUUCCUUUUCUUGACAGCUGGUGGUUUUGUUUGCGACAGAGUUGAGAAGCAGGUCAGUGUUUGCUCGGGAUGUGCAUUAUCAGACCCAAUUGGGUUAAUCCAGCAAGGCGGAAAUGUGGACAUAUGAACCCUCCUCGCCACCACGUGCUGCUCCACCCUUAAAGCCCAUUCAGCUCCUCAAAAGCAGCCACUGGAAUAAUUGGUAAGCUGGCAGGGCAGUGGAAACAGAAGAUAGCAAACAAACCAACAACAAAAAUUCCCUCAUCCCUCAUGGUAACAGCCAAAAUAAACCUGAUAGAAAGCAGGGAAGUGGUUCCGCUGGCUAGGUCGCUGUUGAUAGGGUCAGGCCCUACAGAUGACUGGGUUCAGGAAGCAGUCAUGCCUGACAUUUUCCAUCAGACAAGUCAGUCAGACAAAAAAAAUGCCAUUAAUGAGACUAAAGGACAGCGGUAGUCUGCAGACUCAAAACAGCCAGCUCAGUAACAGAGCCAGUGGGAGCUCUGGAACAGUGAGUGUUUAUCAUUAAUCCUGUAUCAUUCUUGUUUUUCUACAUUUUGACAACACAAUUUGGUGAUACAAUGUAGUCUUUGUGCUGGCUCAACAGGCCGUGAUGAUAAGUAGUAUUCAGUGCCGUGAGUUCAACUUUGGUGAACUUUGAAAUGUGAAUUUGUACUGUUGACCAAUAACAAGCCCUCAAAGCCGGAGAGUCCAUACUGGCAGCCUGGUUUCACCCCAAAAAAAUUCUUAAGUCAAUUCACGUGCUAUCACAACGCAAUAUUGUCUCUCCGCAUGUCAGUUCACAUCUAAGUCUCUAUGGACUUAUUUUGUGACAAAGUACAAUGAGAGUUAAAUAGGGAGACGAUCGGUGUAGAUGGAUGGGACAAAAAAACACAGGCCCAGGGGACUGCUGUUCAUGUCCCGUGUGAAACUAAAAGUCAGUGUUGACUGUUUUUACUUUAACUACUUACGUACUUAAUUUACUGAACAAACAUACUCAUUUUAAACCAUGAUCUUAUUUUUCUCCUAAAAAAAGUCACAAUGUUGACCAUGUGUUUUAAACUGACGAGUUUGGAAUGAGAUUGCGGCAGUACAUGACACGAGAAAAGCUUAACGUGCAUGGACAUGAUAUGCAAGAUGUCCUUAAAAUUGUCGUGCCAUUUAUAUGGCUUCCUACGAGAUGCCGUUGAAAAUGAAGAAAGCUAUCGGCUGUCUCGCCCCAUUCAUCCAUUUGAUUUACCCUCCUCUGCCUGAAUGUAAACACCGUCUGCAGACAGUUUGAGACUGGUGUCACGGGUACAAAUCUUGAAAUUAUAUGAACAAAACGCCAAGGGGAAAGAAGCUAUUGGAUCGCUAUUGUGACCGCCUAGCGCUAGCAUGCUCCAGGCUGGCUAGCUAUGGUAGUUCGCCGACUAGCCCUGCGAAGAGUCACCACAACAUCUAGAACCAAAUAUUUUGGGAAGACACAAUGCUUUUCGCUGUGCCACUUUCCGGUGUGACCGGGCCUUUUAGUCAAACUAGUCAAUCAAAACUUCCCCUACUCAGCUGGCCACUCUGUAAUAACAGACAUCUUGCAUGAUAGUGUCAGUGAUCACCUUCACCUCUUAGUGUCUUACUACCUACCGUGACACUGCCAAAUGGGUUCUAAAAUUCGGGAUGACCACUCAGUGUGAACUCAUUGCUCCAAACCCUUCAGGUUACUGAAAGUUCUGUGGGUGCACUGCCUGCCACAGCUUCAAGGUUUUGCUGUAUUAUUAUUUUUCUUCCUGUCUGAAUGGACGUCGAAUGAACAGUCGAUGUGCAAUUGGCCUAAUUAUAGGAAUCAGACCCAAGUUAGAGGGUGCAGCGGUUCACCGGCACAUUGAUCAGCAACAGAGGCGGGAGCAAGAAUCAGGCCGGUGAAGCAUGCAGCCUAAUGUUAUGUGGUGUUAACAUUUCUGCUUGAUGUGCUUUUGGCCUUGUGACCUUCAGUUACUACCUACUAUAUUAUUGUAUUUUUCUUUAUGAAUGCAAUAUUUUGACUGAGUUUACACCAUCUAGUUAUUAUUCAGGCAAAUAAAACCUAUUUAUUUAGUGGCUUUAUUAAAAGGUCUGAUGAGGACAUUUUGCAUUCCAAAGUAAUGACACAUUGCAGUGUGUGCUGUGUUCAGCCUUGGGUAUUUUUUGCCCUUGAUUUGCAUUGAAAGAUCGCACAGCAGCUACCUUGGUAACAUACUGUACAUGAUCUUUUUUUUCUUCUUUUUUUUAACCUAUAUAUUUUCUGCAUUUUCUACCUUUUCUUUGGCAUGGUCCACACUGCUACACUGUUACCGCGCUGACCCCCACUGUUAUACUGUGGACAGUCAUAUGUGUCCUUUGACACACUUCAUUUUACCCACUCCCACAUAAGCUUCAUUGAGAGGCAGAAAGUGGCAGGUGAGAUAUGAAUGGGAUAUUGAAAAUUGGGAUUGCGGUCCAUAUUCUUCUCUCUUGCUUCAGCAAAGAGAGCGAGGCUUGUUAAUACAAAAAAAAAGCAACCCCAUUAGACAAGUUGUGCUGAAAUCAAGCCUCUCUUGUUCAGCAGAGCAGCCAGCUGCCGGGAGAAAACCACACAGUGGAAUAUCUACAAGGAAUAUUCAAUAAGACACAGAAAAAGGAGCUGCACUGGGACCAGUGGCCAGGGGGGCUUUACGAGUUCUCACUUUGGUCUUUAAUCACUGAAACCCAGAGAAAUGUGGGGGAAGAGCUUUGGUGCUGCGACGGAGGCUCAGUCCACCGUGGCACACAAAGACAGAAAAGGGACUUAAUGUCAACACUUGAUAGGGAGGAAGCUCUGAAUUAUUGAUAUCGCAAAAUGUUGGCGUGCACGGCACGUGAGAGCUAAUAGCUCCAUUUGGUAAGCUGUGAUUCAGAGAUGACAGUUGGCUCACGCACACACAGGCACACACACACACACACACGUUACAAUUGUUACAGACUCUCAGACUUGUUUUGGUCAUUAAUGCAGAUUCCCAAAUCAAUCACUGGUUCCUCCAGACAGACUGGCCAUUACUAACAUGCAUUGGAACAUGUCCGUUUUCAGCUCCUGUUGGGUUGAGUAUUUCUUUACACUGUGUAUCACAUUUAAGCUGAAUAUGUGAAGCAUGGAUUGUUCUUGAUGUCAGUCUGAAUCAGGACAAUGCAGCGGUGUGUAAACAUUUCUUUCUAGGUGGGGGAGUCACUAAAGUCUUUUUUUCCCCCUUAAUCGAAGCAGAUAAAAAGCAGAAUACUCGUUAGAGUACUUUCUUUGUUAAAGAAAAGAAAGAGUAGCUUUCUUAGGAUCAGAAAGUGGGACAUGUACAGUACAUUUGGGAUGACACUAAAGGGCUUAAACACAAGUUACAUUAUUACCAGGUUUUCCUCCACUCUUUUCUAUACUUUGCCGUCGCUGUUUGCUGGACUUGAUAGCGUUGAUGAGGAGCAGUAUGUGUAUGAUAAAAAAAAAAAAAAAUCAUUAUAUCAGUAUUAUCCAAGGGGUUCUCAUCCGCUAUGUUUACGAUUUUGUAUAGCGUCAGUCUUUAUGCGCAAUGUUUUCACCAAUCUGGAGCUUCUGCACACAGAGACAGAAGAGAUCAAGUGUUUGUUGUCCAGCUAUGCUCAACAUCUGUUUUUAAAAAGGGUUUUACUCCUAUGGUGUGCUUUAUAUGUAUGAUUUUUGUUUUUUUUUACAUCAUGAACCUGUAUUAAAUAUACUUGCUGUUAGAAUUAAUGUCCGGAUAUCAAUGACAGCGGAUGUGAUAAAAUACUCUGGUUGUUGACCUCUGCUACCAUGGUCCAGAGCCAAGGUAUUUUCCACUACCAUUGAAGAAUCAAUAAGCUAUUUGCGAUUUAACUACCAUCCAUUAGUGAGCAUAUCCUUUUAUAGAAUAACUCAUUGAUUAACUCAUUUCGGUGUUAAUCAUGCAUCACAUGCAAACUUAUAUGAGAUCCAAUUUUCUAUUUUUGAUGUCCAGAUCCGUUUGUGGUAUUUAGGCAUAUGUGUAUAUGGAUACAUAUGGCCCCAACACUGCAUUUAUGCGUGACUAGUAAAGCAUAUUUUCUAUGGUAGAGCCCAUCUCCCACUAUUGUUUGCACAGUAGCUUAUAAUAUGCACCGUGAUGCCCCAUUGUCCUCUUACUGUUUACUGACUUUAUAAUUUGUGACAUUAAGUUAUGAAAAAGCUGUAUUUUGGUACUAUUCAAAUAUUGUUAGAAAAAGAGAUAUAGCAGACGUUUUGUUCCAGAAAUAUAUUACCAUAGUGUUUUUAUGAAUUUGUCUGUUUUCCUUAUUUUGGAGAGGGAUGACAGGGAUAUUUUUGUUCUUCUUUUGUUGAUGAUUUGCCAUCGGACAGUAUAUCACCAUUGUUCUAUAUACGACUUUCUUACGUGGCAAUAAAGGAUGACUUCUGUA